AUGAACAUCAAAAUGUAUUCGGUGCUGUCGGUGAGGCAGCUCCACUGGUACCUCACGCUGGUGGUGCUGCUCACCGUUGGCAUCCAGGCACAUGACAGCGGGGACUGCCUCUCUGUUGCCCUCGUGGCCAUUCCCGAUUGCGCCAAAACCUGCUUUCUGGAGCAGGCCCCAUCUAUCGGCUGCGAUGGCUUGGACUUUGUCUGCCAGUGCAAGAAGCAAGCAGCAUUUUACGCAUCAGUGGAGGCAUGUGUUGUUGAUGCAUGCGAGGCGUCAGAAUACGAGAAGGUGAUUGAUGGUGUUGGGACUGUGUGCGAGUGUGCUGUCGAUGCCAAAGAUCACGACCAUGCCAGUUCUGCCUCUUUGGACUCGGCAUCGUCGACUUCAUUCAUCAGCUCUCCACCCACGGCUGCACCAUCAGGGGAGCCAUCUGCCCCUCCAGUGGUGAUUGUCACCACUACCACCGACGUGGAGGAUGGUGACGACAGCUCCCCAACAGAGACCACCUCUGCGCCUACAGAGACCUCUCCCCUAGUGGAGGCUGAAAACGGGGCGGACCACACCUCAACCUCGAGACUUGGCCUGAUGGCUACUGUCUUUGGAGCUGCCUUGGCUUUUGCCCUCCUCUGA